UGUAAUCCCACUUUGGGAGACCAAGGUGGAUCUCUGAAGCACAGGAGUUCGAGACCAGCCUGGGUAACAUGGCAAACCCCAUCUCUACAAAAAAAAAAACAACAGAAAAAUUAGCUGGGCGUGGUAGUGCUCACCUGUAGUCCCACGUGCUCAGAAGGCUGAGGUGGGAGGAUCACUUGAGCCGAGGUGGGAGGAUCACUUGAGCCCAGGAGGUCGAGGCUGCAGUGAGCUGAGAUCAUGCCACUGUGCUCCAACCUGGGCAGCAGAGAGAGACCCUGUCUCAAAACAAACAAAAAAAACAAAAACUGAAACCCCACUUUACUGUGUGUCUAGACAGCCAUAAUCCUACCAACAGGGUUUGUUACUAGGUGAAAAAAAUCCUCUUUUGUUGCAAAAAUCUAGUGAAACUAGAGAAGUCGAAAAGUAAAGUAAUGCUCUGGAAUAAACUCGCCCAAAUUAGUGAUUUCUCAAGCUUUUUGCCUCUGGGACCAGGCCUAUUACGCCCUCUCCAUGGGCUCCCAAGAGAGCCACAGCCUGGAAGGGAAGCUGUUCAGUCGUUUCUCACCCACGUGGGACUGGAAAUUUCAGACACGGUUAUCCGGGAAGACAGCCUGGGCCACAGACCUCCUCGAUGACCACACACCGAGAGCCACUUCCCCAAAGGUAACCCCAAGCAGAUGGCAAGGGCUCCCACAUGCUCUGUGGUUUGGAAGGAAGCUUCCUCUGGCCUCCUCCCUCAUUAAGGAGAAGGGACGAGCUGCAGGUGCGGCUCCUUCCCAGCUGGCUCAGGGAAUAGAGCCCCUUUAAGGCCAGGCAGCUUUAGCAAUAAAAAGAAUGAAGGGGGCACCCUUGCAAGGCGGUCCCCCAUGCAGUCCCCAAGCCCUCUGCUUUUUUAAAUUUAUUUAUUUAUUUAUUUAUUUAUUUAUUUUAGAGGGAGUCUCAGUCUUUCACCCAGACUGGAGUACCUCUGCUUUUAUGAAGCCGCUAAUCCAGUGCCAGGAUCUAAAGCAAGCAGCUGGCUUCUACCAAGUUCCUGCCAUCUCAUUUCAUCCUCUCCAUGCCUUCCAUUUUGUAGGUGAGGGGAAGGAGAGCCUUAGGGAAGGAAAGUGACAUUUUAAAGCUCACACAGCUAGAAAGCAACUCACGCAUCCAUGUCUUUCUGAUGCCAGAACCCAGCCCCUUGCCACUGUACCAUACUGCCUCUUGCCAAGGCCACCUGGGCUAGCCAUUUCCAAACCCAUCCUUCCUGCUGCCCUGGGGGCUGGGUUCCUGCCAGAAAUUGAGCUAAGCCCUGGGGGAGGACAUGGGAGUUCUGAAAAGUUAAGCAGCCUGCCUCCCCUGGAAGUGUCACCGGAAGAUGAAAGAACUCUUGUCACCUGACCCAAGGAAGCCAGUCCCAUGGCCCAGGUGGUCAACAGGAAUGACCCCCAACUCGUUGGCUCGGGCAGCCUGCCCCAGGUGAGUAAAUGGCUCCACUGGCACCCAGCUGCUCAGGCCAAAACCCUGGGGAGCAUCUUGAAUUCCACACAUUCCUGCACCCCCACAUCCUAUCCACCAGCAAGUCCUGCCAACGUGUGUUCCUGUACCAAAUGUUCACUGGGAUCUUGCUAUGAAUCAGGUGCUGCUUUCCCUCCUGGGGUCUAUCCCCUACCCACACCCUCACCACCAUCACAGCUGUGUCUCCUUCCAGCCCCUUCCACAAGAGGGAUCGUUGGAGUUUUCCUUUCCUUGACUAGGGCUACUUCCCAGUAGACAGCAGGCUCCGCAGGGACAGGGGCAUCUCUGUUUUGUUCACUCUCACGUUCCUGGCUCCCAGAGUGGUGCUGGCACUCCAUAAAUUCAUACUGGACAAAUGACCAGUGAUCCUGCCCAAGUCUAUCCUUGGCCCUAACAUGAACCUUCCCUUGUUUGCCCUAGGAUCUCACAGAUCCACUCUCCCCUUUGGAGCUCCUCUGUCCAGAGGUCCUGGAGACAGGGAACACUAUGCCUGUACCGGUCACUAUGGGGUAGCAGGAUAAAUGCUGCACGCAGGUAAGACAUCUCUGGUGCCUUUCAGGGGUCAUGAAUCCCCCCAGUGCAGGUGUGUCUGCAGGUCACGCUGUGAGGCUUCUCUUUCUCUGGCAUUUCAAGGCCUCCAGUGCAUCAUGGCAGACUCUCCCUGGGUCUCUGUGGGCGCACAUCUGACCCUGUGAAUCUCUGGGCAGGUGUGUCUUCCUUCUUUGCAUUCAUCAAGCAGCGCCAGGCACUGUCUCAAGUGCUUGAUACGCAUUUUCUUUUCUUUUUUUUUUUUUAUUUUUUGAGACAGAGUUUCUCUCUUUUCGCCCAUGCUGGAGUGCAAUGGCAUGAUCCCGGCUCACAGCAACCUCCGCCUCCUGGGUUCAAGCGAUUCUCCUGGCUUAGUCUCCCGAGUAGCUGGGAUUACAGGCAUGCGCCACCACGCCCAGCUGACACGCAUUUUCUCGUGUGAUCCUCGCAGCAGUUCUCUGUGAAGCAGGCAUUGCUAUCCUACAGGUUGGGAAAAGAGGGCCAGAGAGGAUCGGUGACUUGCUCACGGUCGCACGGCCUGGAAGACAUGGAGAGCUGGACCAGCACGCACAGUCCCUAACCCCUGGGACGUGCUGGCGGGGGCUACCUCCGUGAGGUGUGUGUCUCCGGUCGCCCCGCCCCCGGUGUGUGCGGAGGAGCAGGCGGGGACUACAAGUCCCGGCAGCCCAGGCGCGGGUGCUGCGAGGGCCGCAGAGGGCCGGGCGGGGCUUGCGGCGCGCACGGAGGGACUGCGGCAGUGUCGGAGCCGCGCCGAGCCUGGUCGCCCAGGUGCCCCGCCCGCGCCAGCCCUGCUCCAGCCCCGCGCUAGCUCAGCGCCCCUCGCCCCGGGCCGUCCGGACCGCGCCCCCGCCCAGGGCCUUGCGCACGCCGGGGCCCAGGCCGAGGGCCGCAGCGCCGGGGCCGGCGAUGAGCGCGAGGAGCCGGCAUGAGCGCAGACAGCAGCCCUCUCGUGGGCAGCACGCCCACCGGUUAUGGGACCCUGACGAUAGGGACAUCAAUAGAUCCCCUCAGCUCCUCAGUUUCAUCCGUGAGGCUCAGCGGCUACUGUGGCAGUCCAUGGAGGGUCAUCGGCUAUCACGUCGUGGUCUGGAUGAUGGCUGGGAUCCCUUUGCUGCUCUUCCGUUGGAAGCCCCUGUGGGGGGUGCGGCUGCGGCUCCGGCCCUGCAGCCUGGCCCACGCCGAAACACUCGUUAUCGAAAUAAGAGACAAAGAGGAUAGUUCCUGGAAGCUCUUCACUGUCCAGGUGCAGACUGAGGCCAUCGGCGAGGGCAGCCUGGAGCCGUCCCCACAGGCCCAGGCAGAGGAUGGCCGGAGCCAGGCGGCAGUUGGGGCGGUACCAGAGGGUGCCUGGAAGGAUACGGCCCAGCUCCACAAGAGCGAGGAGGCGGUGAGUGUCGGACAGAAGCGGGUGCUGCGGUAUUACCUCUUCCAGGGCCAGCGCUAUAUCUGGAUCGAGACCCAGCAAGCCUUCUACCAGGUCAGCCUCCUGGACCACGGCCGCUCUUGUGACGACAUCCACCGCUCCCGCCAUGGCCUCAGCCUCCAGGACCAAAUGGUGAGGAAGGCCAUUUACGGCCCCAACGUGAUCAGCAUACCGGUCAAGUCCUACCCCCAGCUGCUGGUGGACGAGGCACUGAACCCCUACUAUGGGUUCCAGGCCUUCAGCAUCGCGCUGUGGCUGGCUGACCACUACUACUGGUACGCCCUGUGCAUCUUCCUCAUUUCCGCCAUCUCCAUCUGCCUGUCGCUGUACAAGACCAGAAAGCAAAGCCAGACUCUAAGGGACAUGGUCAAGCUGUCCAUGCGGGUGUGCGUGUGCCGGCCAGGGGGAGAGGAAGAGUGGGUGGACUCCAGUGAGCUAGUGCCCGGAGACUGCCUGGUGCUGCCCCAGGAGGGUGGGCUGAUGCCCUGUGAUGCCGCCCUGGUGGCCGGCGAGUGCAUGGUGAAUGAGAGCUCUCUGACAGGAGAGAGCAUUCCAGUGCUGAAGACGGCACUGCCGGAGGGGCUGGGGCCCUACUGUGCAGAGACACACCGGCGGCACACACUCUUCUGCGGGACCCUCAUCUUGCAGGCCCGGGCCUAUGUGGGACCGCACGUCCUGGCAGUGGUGACCCGCACAGGGUUCUGCACGGCAAAAGGGGGCCUGGUGAGCUCCAUCUUGCACCCCCGGCCCAUCAACUUCAAGUUCUAUAAACACAGCAUGAAGUUUGUGGCUGCCCUCUCUGUCCUGGCUCUCCUCGGCACCAUCUACAGCAUCUUCAUCCUCUACCGAAACCGGGUGCCUUUGAACGAGAUUGUGAUCCGGGCUCUCGACCUGGUGACCGUGGUGGUGCCACCUGCCCUGCCUGCUGCCAUGACCGUGUGCACGCUCUACUCCCAGAGCCGACUGCGGAGACAGGGCAUUUUCUGCAUCCACCCACUGCGCAUCAACCUGGGGGGCAAGCUGCAGCUGGUGUGUUUCGACAAGACGGGCACCCUCACUGAGGACGGCUUAGACGUGAUGGGGGUGGUGCCCCUGAAGGGGCAGGCAUUCCUGCCACUGGUCCCAGAGCCUCGCCGCCUGCCCAUGGGGCCCCUGCUCCGAGCACUGGCCACCUGCCAUGCCCUCAGCCGGCUCCAGGACACCCCCGUGGGCGACCCCAUGGACUUGAAGAUGGUGGAGUCUACUGGCUGGGUCCUGGAGGAAGAGCCGGCUGCAGACUCAGCAUUUGGGACCCAGGUCUUGGCAGUGAUGAGACCCCCAUUUUGGGAGCCCCAGCUGCAGGCAAUGGAGGAGCCCCCGGUGCCAGUCAGCGUCCUCCACCGCUUCCCCUUCUCUUCGGCUCUGCAGCGCAUGAGUGUGGUGGUGGCGUGGCCAGGGGCCACUCAGCCCGAGGCCUACGUCAAAGGCUCCCCAGAGCUGGUGGCAGGGCUCUGCAACCCCGAGACAGUGCCCACCGACUUCGCCCAGAUGCUGCAGAGCUAUACAGCUGCUGGCUACCGUGUCGUGGCCCUGGCCAGCAAGCCACUGCCCACUGUGCCCAGCCUGGAGGCAGCCCAGCAACUGACGAGGGACACUGUGGAAGGAGAGCUGAGCCUCCUGGGGCUGCUGGUCAUGAGGAACCUACUGAAGCCGCAGACAACGCCAGUUAUCCAGGCUCUGCGAAGGACCCGCAUCCGCGCCGUCAUGGUGACAGGGGACAACCUGCAGACAGCGGUGACUGUGGCCCGGGGCUGUGGCAUGGUGGCCCCCCAGGAGCAUCUGAUCAUCGUCCACGCCACCCACCCCGAGCGGGGUCAGCCUGCCUCUCUUGAGUUCCUGCCGAUGGAGUCCCCCACAGCCGUGAAUGGCGUUAAGGAUCCUGACCAGGCUGCAAGCUACGCCGUGGAGCCAGACCCCCGAUCCAGGCACCUGGCCCUCAGCGGGCCCACCUUUGGUAUCAUUGUGAAGCACUUCCCCAAGCUGCUGCCCAAGGUCCUGGUCCAGGGCACUGUCUUUGCCCGCAUGGCCCCUGAGCAGAAGACAGAGCUGGUGUGCGAGCUACAGAAGCUUCAGUACUGCGUGGGCAUGUGCGGAGACGGCGCCAAUGACUGUGGGGCCCUGAAGGUGGCUGAUGUCGGCAUCUCGCUGUCCCAGGCAGAAGCCUCAGUGGUCUCGCCCUUCACCUCGAGCAUGGCCAGUAUUGAGUGCGUGCCCAUGGUCAUCAGGGAGGGGCGCUGUUCCCUUGACACUUCGUUCAGCGUCUUCAAGUACAUGGCUCUGUACAGCCUGACCCAGUUCAUCUCCGUCCUGAUCCUCUACACGAUCAACACCAACCUGGGUGACCUGCAGUUCCUGGCCAUCGACCUGGUCAUCACCACCACAGUGGCAGUGCUCAUGAGCCGCACGGGGCCAGCGCUGGUCCUGGGACGGGUGCGGCCACCGGGGGCGCUGCUCAGCGUGCCCGUGCUCAGCAGCCUGCUGCUGCAGGUGGCCCUGGUGACCGGCGUGCAGCUAGGGGGCUACUUCCUGACCCUGGCCCAGCCAUGGUUCGUGCCUCUGAACAGGACAGUGCCCGCACCAGACAACCUGCCCAACUACGAGAACACCGUGGUCUUCUCUCUGUCCAGCUUCCAGUACCUCAUCCUGGCUGCAGCCGUGUCCAAGGGGGCGCCCUUCCGCCGGCCGCUCUACACCAAUGUGCCCUUCCUGGUGGCCCUGGCACUCCUGAGCUCCAUCCUGGUGGGCCUUGUCCUGGUCCCCGGCCUCCUGCAGGGGCCGCUGGCACUGAGGAACAUCACUGACACCUGCUUCAAGCUGCUGCUGCUGGGUCUGGUCACCUUCAACUUCGUGGGAGCCUUCAUGCUGGAGAGCGUGCUAGACCAGUGCCUCCCCGCCUGCCUGCGCCACCUCCGGCCCAAGCGGGCCUCCAAGAAGCGCUUCAAGCAGCUGGAACGAGAGCUGGCCGAGCAGCCCUGGCCGCCGCUGCCCGCCGGCCCCCUGAGGUAGUGCAGGCCCACGGGCACCCCAGACACUGGAACUCCCUGCCUCUGAGCCACCAACUGGACCCCUCUCCAGCGACACCACCGCCACCACCUCCCACAUCCCUGAGGUUGGCGACUGUCUACACUCCUCCCCCAAGACUACCCCCACCCUGGGGAAGCGUUGACUACUGUCCCCUACCUCGGACCAUCCCACGUAGGGGUGGCAGCCCCCAGCUCCCCUCAGUGCUGCUGUCAGUGUAGCAAAUAAAGUCAUGAUAUUUUCCUGGC